AUGAAGAAGUUGUGGCGGUCGGUGCUGCGGCCAGUGAAAAACCGUAAUUAUCAGCAAGAAGCGAUCAAGUAUGCUGAGGAGAUGGAGCAGUCACAGGUUGCAUUUGUUCUCGCUCCUUUUUAUACUCUUAAUGCCUUUUUUUGCGGUCACUUUUGUGAGCAGUUUCAUCUGUGCUGGAUCGUGCGCGAGCAGCAGAAUUGCUUGUCGUGCGCAAGAAAAAUGCAUCUUCAGUUGAGCAAGCGGUCUGGUCCCGCCUCGGUGGUAUUGAGCCCCAGAAGUGGAAGCCCUACUGAGCCGGCGGAUGGUUGCUGUUGA